CCCGGAAAAUCCGGAGUUGCCACGUCGAGAGGGGAUGCCAGCAUCGUUCAAGAUAGAAUCACUGAAAUGACACCCCAUCGAGGCUGAAACGCCCCGAACGUUCUCUCCGUGCGAGAAUAUAUAAGAUGCUGACCUCAUUCGCGCUCUUCUUCCCCAUCCUUCGACCCCCGCGUCCCCCAUAAACAUGUCAACCAACGAGCCUGAGCCUGGCUCGCUCACGCAGCCUCACGCAGAGGAGCCUCCAAAGGCGGGCUUCAAGAAAGGCAUCUCGUUCUGGAUUUCUUAUAUUGCUGUCGUCACUUCCAUCUUCCUCAGUGCGCUCGACUUGACUGGUGUCGCAACCGCACUGCCAACUAUUACUGCUGACCUCAAUGGCGGCGACAACUUCGUAUGGGUUGGAUCUGCUUAUGCUUUGUCGAGUACCGCCGUCCUUCCUCUGUCAGGAAGUCUUGCAGACAUCUUUGGACGAAGACCUAUCAUGCUUAUAAGUAUUGCGUUCUUCGCACUGGGCAGUGCACUAGCCGGUGCCGCUCAGAACAUGAACAUGUUGAUAGCUGCAAGGACCAUUCAGGGCAUUGGUGGUGGAGGCAUCAUCAACAUGACCGAAAUCAUCGUUUCUGACCUGGUACCACUCGCCGAGCGUGGUUUGUACCAAGGGAUUCUCGGUCUCGUAUGGUCCUUCGCAGCUGGUAUUGGACCUCCGAUCGGUGGUUCGUUAGCUGAAGAUGCAUCUUGGCGAUGGCUCUUUUACAUCAAUUUACCUGUGUGUGGUGUUGCAUUCUUCCUUGUCCUUAUCUUCCUGCGAGUUCGUACGCCAACUGGGUCAAUGUGGGAGAAGUUCAAACGAGUAGACUGGAGUGGAAACUUCAUCGUCAUCGCUGGUACCACACUAGCCAUUGUUGGUUUGACUUUUGCUGGAAUCAGGUUCCCUUGGGGUUCAGCUCAAGUGUUGGCUCCUCUUAUCAUCGGUAUGUUCCUCGUGGGUGUCUUCCUCCUCUACGAGGCCAAAGUACCAAAGGAGCCUUCAAUUCCUUGGGAAAUCUUGAGGAAUCGAACAUCACUUACUGGGUACUUGGAGACCCUGAUCCACGGCAUCACUAGUAUCUCUCUUCUCUAUUACCUCCCUAUCUUCUUCCAAGCAUGUCUCGGCGCGUCUCCCAUUCGUUCUGGCGUCGACAUGCUCGCCACCUCCCUCGUUAUCGCACCUUUCGGUCUCUUCGCCGGUAUCAUGGUACAAGUCCAAGGAAAAUACCGCCCCGCCAACUAUGUCGGCUGGAUACUAAGCAUCAUCGGGUUCGGUAUUCUGACCUUACUCCGAGCCGACAGUACCACAGGCCAAUGGGUCGGAUUCCAGAUUCUCGUCUCGGCUGGUGUUGGCAUGAUCUGGGCAGCAUCGAUCUUCCCAGUACUAGCACCUCUCCCAGUCGAACGGACAGCAUCCGCACUCGCUUUCUACGCUUUCGUCCGUUCCUUUGCUCAAACCUGGGGAAUCACCAUCGCCAGCACGAUCCUCCAAAACGAACUCAAAAAGAACCUACCCGACGCAUUCGUCUCCCAAUUCCCCCAAGGAUCCGAAAUCGCUUAUGCCGCUAUACCCAUCAUCAGAGACCUGGAAGAACCUUUGAGGACGGAAGUCAGGACUGCUUUCGCGCUGAGCAUGUCGACGAUAUGGAAGACGAUGAUUGGAAUUACCGGCGCAGGGAUUUUGACUUUGCCGUUCUUGCAGGAAGUGGAGUUGAGGGCACAUACAGAUGAGGCCUUUGGAUUGGGUGAGGCGGAGAAGGAGGCAAUGAGGAAGAGGGAGGGGGAUGAAGAGGCUACCAUUGCUCCGACGCCUGGGGAUGUGAACUCGAGGACGCCAUCAGAGAAGUAGAGCCGAGGGUUGAGGAUGGCGUGUUUGAUUGAGUUCGUGGUACAGAGCUUACCUAUAUAUCCCCUUUUAGUUCUAGAUUCAUGAGCAUUUUAUGGACCUCACGCACCUUCGUUGUUUUCGUUGCAUCUUCCUGUUUUGUAUCAUAUGAUCUCGCAUACAUUCAAUGCACACAUACCAUGAAUGUAAUACUUUUUGCGCGCUCU